AUGGAAAACAUUCUCGAAAAGCAAAGAAGUGCUCAUGAAGAGAUUGAACGUCUUGAACAGGCCAUUGUUGAUACGUACAUGGAAGAUGCAAAAACACAUCGCGAACGACUUUAUAACGAACAUUUAGUAGAUAAAUACUUGACUCGUAUUGCUGAAAAAAGCCAAUACUUGCUUGAAUUGUAUCAAGAUAAAGAUGGUCAACGUCUUGAAGAAAUGCGAGCACUUUCUGGACCCAACGAAUUCAGUGAGUUUUAUGAACGUCUCAAGGAUAUCAAAGAUCAUCAUCGCAAAUUUCCUAAUGAACCUGCUGAACCUUUGGAGACUGACUUUAUUCAAUCAAACCAAGAAAAGGAAGAAGAAGACUAUGAAGAAUUGGAAAAAUUAUUCUCUGGUGAAGAAAACCUUGGUCGAUACCUUGAUUUGAAUACACUUCAUAUAUUGUACAUCAAUUUGAAAGGCGUCAAAAAAUUAGAUUAUCUGCAAUACCUUGAUGAAUUUGACGAUUUUGCUACAAUUUAUCCCAAGUCAAUCAAGUCGAACGAAGAAUAUAAGCAAUACCUCAACCAAAUUUACGACUAUUUACGUGGAUUCUUCCGUCGUGCAAGACCAUUGUAUGAUUUGAACAAGUUGGAUAACACAGCCAAAGAAGAAUUCGAAAAGAAAUGGGAAGCACACGAAUUAGAAGGCUGGAAGGAUGUGAUUGCCAAUACAGAUCAAAGCUUGUUUUGUGCUGCUUGUCAAAAACAAUUCACAAAAUCUAGUGUAUAUGACGCUCAUCUUACGGGAAAGAAGCAUAUCAAGGCUCAAAAGAAACUGGAGGAAGAUCAAUCGACACAGAAACCAAAUGGAAACGGUCAUCAUCCUAUGAAUGGUGAUAAACGAAAGACUACUGCAUUGAAAGAAUUUUUGAUAAAGAAAUAUGCAGAAGAAUUGAACAACUUUAGAGAAGAAACAAAAGCCAAUGUUGAACGAAAACAGGCAUUGACUGAUAGAGAACGUGCGUUAGAACAAGAACAAGAGCAGAUUGAAUUGAUUGAAGAAGAUUCAGAUGAUGAAGAUAAUGAAAGAAUAUAUAAUCCACUUAAAUUACCUCUUGGUUGGGAUGGUAAGCCUAUUCCCUACUGGCUUUACAAACUACAUGGUCUUGGCGUAGAAUAUCCAUGUGAAAUUUGUGGCAAUUAUGUGUAUAUGGGUAGAAAGGCAUUUGAUAAGCACUUUCAAGAGUGGAGACACGCUCAUGGUAUGAGAUGUUUGGGUAUCCCAAACACACGUCAAUUUCAUGAAAUCACAAAGAUUGCCGAUGCUUAUGCUUUAUACGAGAAACAAAAGAGAGAAGGUAUAACUGAAGAAGCAAGAGCUGAAACAAUAGAAGAGUUUGAAGAUAAUGAAGGCAAUGUGUAUAACAAGAAGACAUAUGAAGAUUUAAAGAGACAGGGUAUUCUUUAA